AUGUGGGACACUCAUUUUCUCUUCCGAUCCUCUCAUCACCCCUCACUUCUCCAUGACUUCUGUAUCAAAGCUCAGGUUAUGCCGAGUCCUCGCAGAAAGGAUGGCCCUGCCCAAAGAAGACGCGAUGGGUGCUCAGAGUGUCGGAGGAAAAAAGUAAAGUGUGAUAUACAAAAGCCGGUCUGCACACGCUGCAUUCGCUUCCCAAGGCUAUGUAAAUAUGAUAUUCAUAUGGUCAGCCAAAAUCUGGCCACUCAGGUACAGCCUGCGACGGACCAUCUGCCUGUACUGCAGCUCCACCAGGCCAUGAAUGCUCUUCCAACCGAGCCUGUUCUGUGUCUGUCGCCAUUGCUAUCCUCAAAGGAGUCGCGGUUUUUUAUGCACAUCUUCAGCAUCGAAACUGCGCCCCGUCUGUUUCCCGCAGCUUCUCCACUUUUCCUGCAGCGGCUGAUUGCAGGUUCUUUGGAGACACCCCAUCUUCUCUAUGCUAUCUUGGCAUCGGCAUGUAGCCAUCACAGUCGACUUAUCAAAGACACUGGGGCGAAUUCCAAAUUGGCCUGCUUGAAAUUUACGAAUCUCUCAAUCUCCAGCUUGCGCUCGGCCCUCAGUGAUCGGGAUGCGACAUUGACUGCCGAGACCGUCACCACUGCAAUGGCUUUAUGCACCAAUGAUGUUUGCAACGGGAACAUGCAGUCUUGGAGAACUCAUCUCGGCGGGGUGAUGCGUCUGUUUGCUGCAUUGCUGGACAGCCAAGGCCAAAUCUGCGUCGAUGACCCUUAUGUCCAGUGCUUGGCAAAGUGGUUUACGACCAUGGAUGUCAUCGCUGGACUGUCCGGACACAGCGAUAGCGAAACGUUGAGUUUUGAAAAUGGGGUGUUUGAAAAAGUCUUUACUCGUCUGGAUGCGCAAGUCGAUGAUAUAUGUGGAUACUCCUUCAAACUGGCUCCACUGCUGGUUCGUUUAUCUCAAUUGGUACAACGUCAGCAUCAGAACUCGCCCGAAAUGUCCGACGAAGUGAUCUUUGAGUCGCAGGUACUUGAGCUCGAGAUUCUUGCUCUGGUUGAUUGCAGUGUGCCUGAGAAUCAACAUCACGACGAGCUGCAAAAUACCCAUUUGGCCUUUGUACAUUCCGCGCUUUUGCAUCUCCAUCGACGCGUCCAAUUGGUCCCCAAAGAUCAUGAGAUCGUGAAGACGGAUCUCUCAAAUAUCAUAAAAGCAGUCAAGAAUAUUCCCCCCUUUUCGUUCGCAAAUAUCUUGAUCUUAUGGCCAGUGUUCAGUGCUGGCUCUGAGACCGACGAUAUCGAAGAGCGCAAAUUUAUCCACACCCGAAUGGGCGAUAUGCAAAGUCAUGGACUCGGCAACUUCACAAGAGCCCGAGAGCUUCUAAGCAAAUUCUGGGCUGCAAACACGCCAAUGCCUUGGGAUAAUUACUUUGCAAAUCUUGGGUUGGAAUUGGUUCUAUUCUAG